GGGGAGUAAACUCAUUCGACGUGAACGUGAAGGGGCAAAAAAAACCCUCAAUAAUUCGUUGGUAUUCGUUUCGCUUUACAAUCGGCCACCGGAGACUGGGAAUUGCAGCCUGAAUCUGCUGGAUCUAAACCGCUGCUACAUUAAAUCAUCGGUAGUAGAUACUAAUGCAACCUUUAGGGUUUACUUCAUCAUUAGAAUUUGCACAAAGUUUCACCAAAUCUUACUAGGAGAAGCCGUCCGUUUUUCGUGGAUCCGAAGAUGAGCUAUCGCAGGGACAAUCGUGCAUCUAGAAGUGCUCUAUUUGAUAACCUUGAUGGCAUUGAAGAAGGUGGACUUAGAGCUUCUUCAUCAUAUACAGAUGAACAAGAAAAUGAUAAAUCUUUAAAUAUUCUGCAAGACAAAGUUGUCUUUCUAAAGAGAUUGACUGGUGAUAUACAUGAUGAGGUGCAGAGUCAUAAUCGCAUGUUGGACAGAAUGGGUAAUGGGAUGGAUUCAGCAAGGGGGAUUAUGUCAGGAACUAUGGAUCGCUUCAAAAUGGUUUUUGAAAAAAAAUCAAGUAGAAGAACAUGUAAACUUGUGAUGUAUUUUGUCAUGUCAUUCUUCAUCAUAUACUACUUGUUCAGGUUCCUUAUGUAUUAUAUGUAUGGUUAAAUUGUAUUUUUCAUGCAUUUUUAUAGUCUAUAGACGUUUAUAUAUUGGUGUUUGGUUUACAAAAUGU